UCUACGUCAACGGGGAGUACGUGAGCUGUAUUGGUGAGGGUGGCAGUUUCGGUGAGCUGGCCCUCAUCUACGGAACUCCGCGCGCCGCCACAGUGAAGGCGCACACAGAAGUGAAACUCUGGGGCAUCGACCGUGACUCCUACCGGCGCAUCCUCAUGGGUAGUACAAUCAGACGCCGGAAGAUGUACCAGGACUUCCUUAGUCGAGUGCCCAUCCUAGGUAAGUCUACGCGCUACCCCACCCCGCCGCCCCCUUCUUGUUAA